CCUGAGAACUGGAGGAGGCAAGACACUAAAAAGAAGAAGAAACAGGAUACAGAAGGCAGAAAACCUGAGGAAACAAACAGUCAUCAGCAAACGCUUUCCAUCUUCAAAGAACUGAAAAUGGGAAAUGAUAACUCGGGUGAAAAUAGGCAACGUGCAAGAGCUGAUGCAGCUGAGGCGGAACAAAGGAGAAUGCAGGAAGAAUUUGGAAGAAGGCAACAACAAACAGAAUUACAGAGAGCGAGAGAGGAGCAAGAAGCAGCGGAGGAACGAUGCAGAAUCCAAGCAGAAAAACAUGCACUACAGGAACAAUUCCAAAAAGUUGAACAUGAAAGAAAUAUACAGAGAAUGAAAGAAGAAGAGAAGAUAAGAAUCUACAAAGAGAACAGAUUUAAAGAGGAAGAAGAAAGGAAAAGAAUUCACAUAGAGAAGCAAAACGUACAAAAAGAAAACAAGACAGUUAGUUAAACCGUUUCUAUGGUUUAUUAACAGGAGACAUUUUAAUUUCUAUUCAUCAUACAGAAAGAUAGAUGCACAUCACCUAAAACAUUGUGAAGAUUUUAUUUUUCUUCUUCCAUAUGUCUACUGUAAAGCACUUUGUAAACUUUUUGUUUUAAAAGAUGCUAUCAAAAUAAAGUUUUACAUCUUAUUUUC